AUGGCUACCUCAAUUGUCACCCCAAAGCGGCCCUUAGUUACUUUGCCGUUUCUCCUUCCUUCUUGCACAAAAUCCCUCGCACCAGCCUCCCAGCGCUAUCAAUCUUCAUACAGGCGUACUAAGCUACGUCUCCGCGUCAAGCCUGAUGCUUCAUUCGGCAAAUCAGACCUGAAACAAGACCACAUCAUCUACAAUCCGCCAUCCAGUGUUCCAUCGGUCUAUCACACCCCGACCAAGUUCCUGCCUGUUGAUGAUGUUCGACGGACAAUGCGCACUGUCACUGCUCCAAUCGAUGUCAAUGCUCUCCCAAACUUGCGCACACGCGAAAACAAAACGCCUCAAUAUAAUUUGACACCAACCGAAAUCGAAGAAAUUCGCUCACUUCGCCUGAGCGACCCGAUGAUCUGGAGCCGACAAAAACUGGCCAAACGUUUCGGUUGCUCUCCAUUCUUCGUUGCUAUGGUCUGUGAAGCUAGCAAGGAGAAGAAGGAUAUUCAAAAGCAGGUGCUAGAAGCCGUUCAAUCCCAAUGGGGACAGAAGCGGCGGAUGGCCAGAGAAGACCGACAGUUGCGCCGGGAGGGCUGGGCUCGUGAUGAAUGA